AUGGGAGUGGCAACCUCGUUGCCUGCGCCUGCAGAUUGCUGUCAGGUGCAGCAGGAUUCGGCCAGUUCGACGGCGUUGGCAGUCGAGAUCUGCGAUGCAGGACCCAUUCCUGCUGCGCACCCUGUCCCGGGCCAGCAAGAGCCUGCCCAAGCCGGCCUUGAGGACGAGGGGCGAGGAACGAACGCCUUGCCAGUGACGGAGAUGGAAUCUAUGGAGCUUGCAGAACCAGAGGCCGGCCAUGCCAAGUCCAAGCCCAUGCCCAUCGGCAUCAGCAAGAGCCAGCGCGUCACGCACGGCAGGUACUCCGAGGUCGACAUGGAAAUCGUCCGCGGCAUCUCCCUUCGGAAGUCGCUGGCCAAUCUGGGUCGGGUCUGGCGCUACAGCCCCCAAACCUGGUCGAUGGAAGACCGCAUGAGCCUCUACCAGCUUUCGAAAGAGGUGCCAGAGUUUCAGAUGUUCAUCUCACACACCUGGAGGACGCCUGGCAGAUGGAAGGUGCUCUCGCUGUCCUUCCAGUGCGGCUGGCACCACGUCCUGCUCUGCUGGUGUGGCGCCGUGUUUCUUUGCUUCGGCCUCUGCCUGGCUGAUGUACUCCCGAUGCCUUUCAAGUACAAGGCGCGGAUUCUGGGCUUCACCGGCCUAUGCCCCAUGGGCUUUUGGGUGUUGCUUGGUGCCUUCCUGACCACAGUGCUGAGUCUGGCAUCGGUUCCCCUGCUGCCCGACAGGUGCCAGCGCUCUGAUAUCAGCUUUGUGGACGUCACCAGCAUCCACCAGGUGGACCACAUGCUGAUGGAGCGCGGGGUGUAUGGAAUCGCCGGGUUCUUGAGUAUCUCCUCAGAGCUGCGCAUCUUGUGGAGCUCGCCGUACCUGUCGAGGCUCUGGUGUGUCUUCGAGCUUGCGGCAUACAAGAAAGUGAACCCGGAGGGAAAGAUUACGUUCAGACCCCUCUUCGUGGAAAGGGUCGUGUCGGUGAUGAUGGCUUCAACGUACGUCUUCGCCAUGGCGUUUCUGAUCGCCAGGGACAUCCUGGGCCCUGGUGCCAUACUGCUUGGCUUUGGCUUCGCCAUGUGGGUGUGCCCCUACUCACUCGGUAUUUAUUUGCUCCGAAUGAACUUCCGGGAGAAGCACCAACUGGUCUCCCAGCUAGCCUCCUUCGACUUGGAUCAGGUAGACUGUGCCGAGAAAUUUGAUCGUGACUUCAUCCAUGCCGCCAUCGAGAAGUGGUAUGGAAGCAAGUCGGCCUUCACCCAGUUCGUGCGUCAAGAUCUGAGGCAGGAGCUGGAGAAGACUGCGCUUGCCACCCGCAUUCCCAGGCGCUAUUUGAUGCUUAUGCUCACGCCUGUCCUCAGUUUGAGCAGUGAGUUCUUCCUAGCCAACUGGAAAGGCGGGGCACCCUUCGAGUGUUUGUUCUCCUUUGCGGUGGGCAUUUUCAUCGCCUUCGAUAUCUUCUACCUCAUGGCUUGCUACCUCUUGAUGGCCUACCUUUGCGACGUCUUGGCCCCCAAGCGCUUCGGUUGCCUGGAUCACCUGCAGACUCUCUUCGUGAUCGUUUUGGUAGGACUGAUGAGUUACGGCCUUCAGUGGUCGGCGCAGGCUUACCAGGCGAGCCUCGCCGGAGCAUUCAUCUUCCUGGCGCUCUCAAUGGUUUUUGCCGCACUGAUGUGGUGGCUGGAGGGGAAGAAGUGUUCCCAGUCGAUCAAAGAGGCCCACGAAUCUCCGGAGAUGAAGGAGUUGCCCUCGUCUGGGGUGCCCUCUCAAAUUGUGGAGGCCAUCGAAGGUGGUGAGAAGACUGCCCCGGGCCCGGCCUCUGCGGACAAGGGGCAGAUGGCUGCCCUGGGGCCUGCAGAGACAGAGGCCACACAUGCCGAGAGCCAGUCCGUCCCCGCAGCCAUCAGUACUCUGGGGUCAAGCGAUCGCCUUACGCAACGCAGGUACUCUGAGGUUGAUGUGGAAAUCGUGCGUGGCAUCUCACUCCGCAAAUCCCUCGCCAACCUGGGCCGGGUUUGGCGCUACAGCCCGAAAACCUGGUCGCUGGAGGACCGCAUGAGCCUUUACCAGCUCUCCGCGAAGGUGCCAAAGUUUCAGAUGUUCAUCUCCCACACUUGGUGGACGCCUGGUAGAUGGAAGGUGCUUUCGCUGUCCUUUCAAUGCGGCUGGCACCACGUCCUGCUCUGCUGGUGUGGCACCGUAAUUCUUUGCUGGUGCCUUUACCUGGCAGAUUUUCUCCCGAUGCCUUUCAAGUACAAGGCGCGGAUUAUGGACUUCACCGAGCUUUGUCCCAUGGGCUUUUGGGUGUUGGCUGCCGGCUUCCUGAGCACCGUGCUGAGCCUGUCAUCGGUCCCCCUACUGCCCGACAGGUGCCAGCGCUCUGACAUCAGCUUCGUGGACGUCACCAGCAUACACCAGGUGGACCACAUGUUGAUGGAGCGUGGGGUGUAUGGAAUCGCCGGGUUCUUGAGUAUCUCCUCUGAGCUUCGCAUUCUGUGGAGCUCGCCGUACCUGUCGAGGCUCUGGUGCGUCUUCGAGCUUGCAGCAUACAAGAAAGUGAACCCGGAGGGAAAGAUCACGCUCAGACCGCUCUUCGUCGAAAGAGUCGUGUCGGUCAUGAUGGUUUCAACGUAUGUGUUCGCUAUGCUCUUUCUGAUUGCAAGGGACGUCAUCGGCCCUGGUGCCAUACUGCUUGGCUUCUCCUUUGCCAUGUGGGUGGUUCCGUACUCGCUUGGUAUCUACUUGCUCCGAAUGAACUUCCGCGAGAAGCACCAACUGAUCUCCCAGUUAGCCUCCUUCGACUUGGAUCAGGUCGACUGCGCCGAGAGCUUUGAUCGUACGUUCAUCCAUUCAGCCAUCGAGAAGUGGUACGGCAGCAAGGGGGCCUUCACCCAGUUCGUGCGGAACGACCUGAGGCUGGAGCUGGAGAAGACUGCGCUCGCCACCCGCAUCCCCAGGCGCUACUUGAUGCUCAUGCUCACCCCUAUCCUCAGUUUGAGCAGCGAGUUCUUUGUGGCGAACUGGAAAGGCGGCGCACCCUUUGAGUGCUUGUUCUCCUUCGCCGUGGGCAUCUUCGUCGCCUUCGACAUCUUCUACCUCAUGGCUUGCUACCUCCUGAUGGCCUACCUUUGCGACGUCUUGGCCCCAAGGCGCUUCGGCUGUUUGGAUCACCUACAGACUCUGUUCGUGAUCGUCUUGGUUGUGGGACUGAUGAGUUAUGGCGUGCAGUGGUCGGCGCAGGCUUACCAGGCGAGUCUCGCCGGUGCGUUCGUCUUCCUUGCGAUCUCCGUGGUGUUCGCAGUGUUGAUGUGGUGGUUGGAGGGGAGAUCUCGCUGUGGACAGACGUGUCAUGGGUCGAGCAAGGAUGCUCGUGACACGGAGUUCCCGCAGAACACAGGUACUCCCUGA